AUGAAGCCCCACGCGAAGGGCUCGCCCUCCGGGAACCGUCCAAUCGGCCGAGAUCGGCCCCCCGCCGCCCGAUGGGUCAAGGAGUGGGUUCUGCAGGAGACUGCGGUGGGCGGUGGGACGUGCUCCCUGUUGAAGUGGGUCAGAGAAGACAAGUUGGAAGCUUUGCGCGAGACGUCUAAGAAACCAGAAGUAGAAGACCCAAAACCCAAACCGACUACCGAACGGCUUUAUCUCUGCAGUUAUGUAGGUUGUGGGAAGAUUUUUGUUGAUUUUAGGGCUCUUGAUAAACAUGUUCAAACUCAUGAAGAGAGGAAGCAUGUUUGUCAUUAUGAGGGCUGUGAGAAGAAAUUUUCAGAUCGAUCCAAGUUAAAGAGGCAUUUUCUUGUCCACACAGGGAAAAAGCCUUUUAAAUGUCACUAUGAAGGUUGUGGUAAGGCGUUCUCAUUACCUUUCAAUUUAACGAACCACUUCAGGACGCAUUGCGCAGAGAACUAUCAUGUUUGUCCGCACCCGGAAUGCAGUAGAAGAUUCACAGAUGAGUAUAAACUUCAAAGCCACAUCAAGACACGCCACGAAAAGUAUGCGGUGAUGCACAAGCCGAAGCAAACUCCGCAAGAAAAGCUGCAUGGUAUUCCAAACACCCCUGCUUCUGCUUCCUGCGACCGCCCUUUCGUCUGCCCGUAUGAAGGCUGCAGGAAAGCCUACAUUCAUCGGUACAAGCUGAACCUCCAUUUGAGAAAAGAACACCCCGACCACGAUCCACCGCAAAAUGGAAAGCCAUCUCCUACUACGUCGAAUGCUUUCGACCGCGCUAGCGAUCAAGAUGCUUAUGUCGCAACGUAUGGCGCUCCGAAGAGCUUUAAGAGACGCGAGCCCGGUAAAGAGGAGCACAACAAAAAGAAGUCCGGUCCGGAGGUUGUUUACGGUGAAGGCUAUGAUCUGAAGAUUCGAACCGUGAAUAAUACCGUCGAGAAACAGCGGCAAAGCGAGGAGAGGUACGACGGAGACGAUAGAAGCGAGGAAACGGAGGAAGAAGGAGAAAUGUUUGAUGAUUUGGAGUAUGAAGAGGUGAAUAAUGAGGAGACAGAGGAUGAAGAUUAAUGCAUGCACUCUUCUUUUUGUAUUUAUUUAUUUAUUUAUUUUUUCUACAUGUUCUUUCUAACAUUAUAUGAUUCAUUAGAUUAUUUCUCAUUCUGAUAACAACAUUCAUUUUCUGUUAAUAUUUUUCUU